GGCUAUGCAGUGAGACAGGACCGGCGGGCGGACGGGCGCGCGCGGGGCGGGGGCCGCAGCCGCGCUGCAGAGAUGUGACUUGAGGCCGAGAACAGCAGGAGCGUCGGCGCUGCGUGGCCGCGGGGGUCGAGGGAAAGAUGAGAACCCACCAGGUGCUCGCCUUCCUCCUGCUCUUCGUAAUUGCCUCCGGGGCUUCUGAGAACUCAAGCACGUCCCGGGGCUGCGGAUUGGAUCUCCUCCCUCAGUACGUGUCCCUUUGCGACCUGGACACCAUCUGGGGCAUCGUGGUGGAGGCGGUGGCCGGGGCAGGCGCCCUGAUCACGCUGCUCCUGAUGCUCAUCCUGCUGGUGCGGCUGCCAUUUAUCAAGGACAAGGAGAAGAAGGACCCCGUGGGCCUCCACUUCCUCUUCCUCCUGGGGACCCUGGGCCUCUUCGGGCUGACGUUCGCCUUCAUCAUCCGGGAGGACGAGACUAUCUGCUCGGUCCGCAGGUUCCUCUGGGGCGUCCUCUUCGCGCUCUGCUUCUCCUGCCUACUGAGCCAGGCGUGGCGUGUGCGGAGGCUGGUGCGCCACGGCAAGAGCCCAUCCGGCUGGCAGCUGGUGGGCGUGGCGCUGUGCCUGAUGCUCGUGCAGGUCAUCAUCGCCAUCGAGUGGCUGGUGCUGACCGUGCUGCGCGACGCGAAGCCGGCCUGCGCUUACGAGCCCAUGGACUUUGUAAUGGCCCUCAUCUACGACAUGGUACUGCUUGUGGCGGCCCUGGGGCUGGCCCUCUUCACGCUGUGCGGCAAGUUCAAGAAGUGGAAGCAGAACGGGGCCUGCAUUCUGGUCACGGCCUUCCUCUCUGUGCUCAUCUGGGUGGCCUGGAUGACCAUGUACCUCUUUGGCAACGCGGAGCUGCGGCAGGGAGACGCCUGGGGCGACCCCACCUUGGCCAUCACACUGGUGGCCAGCGGCUGGGUCUUCGUCAUCUUCCAUGCCAUCCCUGAAAUCCACUGCACCAUUCUGCCGGCCCCGCAGGAGAACACGCCCAACUACUUCGACACGUCGCAGCCGAGGAUGCGGGAGACGGCGUUUGAGGAGGAUGUGCAGCUGCCGCGGACCUACAUGGAGAACAAGGCCUUCUCCAUGGAUGAACACAACGCAGCUCUCCGAACAGCGGGAUUUCGCAAUGGCAGCUUGGGAAACAGACCCAGCGCUCCGUUUAGAAGCAAUGUAUAUCAGCCGACUGAGAUGGCCGUUGUGCUCAAUGGAGGGACCAUCCCAACUGCUCCGCCAAGUUACACUGGAAGACACCUCUGGUGAAAGACUUAAGUUCCAGAGAAUAAGAAUCUCUCUUACCGAUUUUAUUCCCUGGCUGUGUCUUUCUUGAGGGAGAAAUCAGUAACAGUAGCCAAACAAGUCUGCCUCACAGCCAGGAGAUCUAGAAAUCCUGCACAAGGGGAUUUCGUGUAAAUGUGAACACUGCUGAACUGAAAAGCUAACACUGACUGCCCUCUCGCCCCCUGCCACACACACACACAAACACGUAAUACCAAACCAACCUCAAUCCCUGCAAACUAAAGCAAAGCUAAUUGCAAAUAGUAUUAGGCUCACUCGAAAAUGUGGCUGGGCAGACUGUUUCAUCCUCUGGGGGUAGAACAGAACCAGAUUCACAGCCAGUGGGCCAGGCUGGUGUGGGUUGGUUGUGGAGGUCCCCCACACCAUUGCCCUCCCCAGCGAGUAGACCCCAGGUGGCCUCUUGGAGAUGACUGUUGCGUUGAGAGGACUAAUGGGGACUGUUCCAUCAGCUUGCCUGUUUGCACGUUUCAGGGGGUCAGGAGCAGUUAAGGAGUUGUGGGUGUGAUUCCAAGGUGAGUCCCAACCGAAUCAUGGGGUGAGCUUUCCAACCAGUGGUGGUGGAGGGAUCCUGGCAUGUGCCAAUACAGAGAAGGCUAUCUGGGAAUUGAAGUGACCAUCACAUUUAGAAAGUGGUGACCCACCACCGUGCCCUCUGUGGGCCUCCUGCUCCAGGUUAACGGCCGGAAAACAAGCCCGCCUCCCUGCUUGGUGGAGUCACAGCAGUAUUCCGGCUUGGGGCAGCAGUUUCGUUUUCCCCCUCCGCCUGAGCCCUUUCCCAGGCUUUUAUUCCCAUGUUCAUUUCAAAAACUUAGAUGGACCAUCAGCUUCCAGCCCCCUGGGCUGGCAGGCCAGAAGGCAGGUGCCACAGCAGAUUUUCUGUGAUGAUGUCGCGUAGCAGGGCCUCCCCGGGGAGAGAGGACACGCUGCUGCCUAGCACGCAGCGAGUUCUCCGAUCUCAUAUGUUGAUGGAGUGCAAGUUCCAGGGGGGGUGGAGCACUCGAGGGGCUCUUGCUGUCUUGGAGGGUAUGUGGGGCAUUUUUGACUUGUUUUUCUGUAAGUUCCAUGAAAAUGAUUCUCUUCAAAGCCCAUUGUUUCUGUCAUGGUUUCCAUCCGUCCUAAGCAAGUCAUUCCUUUGUUAUUUGGCAUUUCGAACAUCUCGGCCAUUAAAAAGCCCCAUGUUCUCUGCACUGUUUGGCCAGCAUAAUCACUAGCAGUGAUUCGAAGCAAAGAAUUUUAACCUGAUGGCAUGAAAUGUAUAAGUGAGGGUGAGCCCUUUGGCAUCUACGCUAAUGACUCUGUUGCUUUUUCUAUAAAACAACCCAUAAGCCUUUAACCUUUAUAAAGAAAAUGAAAAAGGUUAGCGUUUGGUGGGGGGGGGGGGGGACUGACCUCUUCAUAAGCCAAUAUGUCUGAGCUGUUUUAAUAAACCUGAUUUUUCUCAA